AUGCCUAAUAUAAGAUCACUAAAUGACUUACGAAAAGAUGAGAAGAAGAACAGAGAGCAUGUAUCCCAUUACACAGGAGGACAAAAAAGUGGAUUAGAAGUUGAGAAUUCUGAUUCGGAUGAUAUGGCUCAAAGCUAUUAUACAUCAAAAUUACCCGAGAAUUGUAAACGUAUAACAUUAUAUAAAAAUGGAUUUACAAUUGAUGAUGGUGAAUUUCGUGAUUUCGAGGAUGAAGAAAAUAAAAAAUUUAUGAAAAAUAUUGAAGCAGGUAUAUUACCAAAAGAAUUGCAAGGAAAUGAUAAAGGUAUUAUGAAUGUUGCUAUUAAAGAUAAAAGUACUCAAAUAUAUACAAAAAAUAAAUCACAAGGAGAAAAAACAUUAUAUAAAGGUCAAGGAGUUAAGUUAGGGUCAAGCAGUUCAAAUUUAAAUGAAGAAGAAAUAAAUAAAAUAAUAGCAUCCAAUCCUACUGAUAUUAAAGAAAUAAAAAUUGAUGAUAAAAACCCUAUAACAACAAUACAAAUCAGAUUAUAUAAUGGCAAAAAAAUUGUUCAAAAGUUUAAUUAUAAUCAUACUGUAGAAGACUUAUUUCAAUUUGUUUAUUCCCAUACACCAAUUGAGUUUUCACUUUUUUUUGAUUUCCCUCUUAAAAAAAUUGAGAGAAAUAAUAAAACAUUACAAGAGGAAAACCUUUUGGGAGUUAUUAUAACACAAAAAUUAUGA